AUGCGCCCAGUACUGACAACAAAAUUUACAAAAGUCAAGAACUGCCGCAUCAUGUGUCGACCACAGUGCAUCAUUGUCUACUUCAAGUGCAGCCAUAUCCAGGGACCUGCCUGGGAGCUUACGCCAGACAAUGGCUGCGGGGGAUGCCAGAAGCUCAUAGGCGAGAUUCCUGCCGGCAUGCCGAGAGCGACCGGAAACUGCACGUUGCCGAUCCCUUGCUUUCCGUGCAUCGUCAGCGGAGAGUGGCGCAUCUUCCAAGAGACCUGGAUGUCGACCGAAGAUGCCAUCGCGGCGGGCUGGGAGGCCCCGUCGUAG